CCUUGAAAACAAAAAGCUGCCCUCACCAGGUCUGAGCAGACGCUUCGAGCUCGGCAGCUCGGCCGCUUCAUCCAUCAGCGAAGAACCGCUCAAGUUCGGUGACCUGUCCCCCUCCCCGGUGUCCCGGCAUGGCAGACGGUCGGCAGCCAGACGAGCACUGGGCCUCAAACGGCCAGGACAACGGCGAGAACGGCUGCUCCGCCUACAGCUCGGCCUACAGGGAGAACGGACACCACGGUGGGGCAGCCGCACAUCCCGGAGGCACAGUGGAUGACUCAGCCAAUUUGCCUCCCUCCCCUCCCCCCUCUCCAUCCGCUGAGCAGAUUGGGCCCGUGGCACAAGCCCAGCCAGAAGAGUGUAUGAGUAAGGAAUCGUGUGAGUCGGCUCUGAAAGAAGAUGAACCUCAAGUGGCGUCGCCGCAAGGGACGCGGUCUGCUGUUGGAAGAGCGACACCUGAAGGCGCAGAGCUCGCCCCUCCCUCUGUGAAAGAGAUCUCUGACACCGCCUCAAUUGAGCCGGGAGACCAAGAGAGAAAGGAUGUAGUAGAAGAGGCCGCUGAGAGCCACCUGCUCGUCGAGUCCAAAGAAGAAGAAGCAAAACAACCGACAGAGGAGUUAUCAAAUCUUAAGGAUGACGACAAAGAGGGAGUUCUCUUACCGAGCAAAUCUGAAUCCCCCGUGAAUGAAGACAAGGAAAAACCAGAGACGCUUGAGGGGGUAAAUAAGGAGAGCCAAGAUAGUGGCAGUGAUGUUGAGUUGCAUGAGAUGCCAGGGGACCAAAAGCAAGAAGCAGUCGGAUCAAGUCCAGAGUUGAAAGAGACAUCAGAUAUUUUACGUCAGUUUGGAGCAGAAACCUACUUUGAGACAUCCUCGAAAAGCCACAAAGAGGAGUCAUCCCAAGCCGAGAGCUAUUACGAACUCAACACAGCAGCAGAGACAAAGUUAAGCGAGGACACCAAAAGCAUCGUGCAGGAGCUCGGGGAACAGCAGGAGAGGUCGGCCAAAAUAUCUCUUGGUAAGAUGUGUCUUGAACAAAGAAGCCUCUCCCUAAACAUUACGGUUGGGUCUUCAACAGUCCAACUAGGCAAGGGCGAGAAGUCCAGGGCCUUGUGUUCAAUCAGUGGAAGCUUUGAUGAAUCUGAGGUUUACCCUUCAACUCCAUCUGUGGAGAGCCAACAGCAAUUUCCUCCAGCUGUCUCCAUUACACCAACUACCCCUGAAUCACCUCCAGAGACCACCGAAAAGGUUGACAGGCCUUUCCCAUCUGAUAAGCACAUAUCUCUUGAACAUUCAGGCAGUCUUUCCGAAAUGUUGGACCUGGCUGGAGACCUGCCUCGGCCAUCAUUAGAGAGGCGGGAGCUAGACCACAUGAGGCGAAAGUCCGUGCCCGCCAAUGUAUCGGCUCUGGUGGGGAGUUCAUUGGCCAAGCUUGCCUUGGUCGAUCAAACCUCAAGAGUGGUAGGAGGGGAAACCCAACUGGAGGAACUGGGCUACUGUGUCUUCAAUGAGUACUCUGGGCCCAUGCCUUCUCCUGCCGAUGUGCCCAGUCCAGGAGACUCUCCGCACCAGCGUUUCCUUUCAAUGGAAAGUGAAGUCGAGGAGGAGCCUGGGGCCACGGAAAUUGAAGGACUUCAAAAAGGAAUUAUCCCUGAGAUUUCUGAAAAAACUGGGUCCGAAAAGAAAGAUUCACCAGUAAAAAGUACCCCGAUUCUUGAGAGGGCCGUGACAAGUGGAGUGAAACCGGAUCGCCUAAGAAUUCCAUUGAAUUCCUCAAAAGAUAGACUGACUGAGUUUCGUUUGGAGAGUGGCCUGCCCGGUGACAUAAAGAUCCAAGCAAUUCCUGAGGUAGACAUUGAAAAAGACCCCUCCAGAGAGGCUUCUCCCAUCCCACUAGACAGCUCCUUUACUUUCACUCCGUUGGAGACUGGAAGCAAGGUUCCCCCAACUCCCACCACCCCCAAGUCCCCAGAUGGUACACCCUCAGAAAUACCAGUCACCGUAGAGAAGUCAGUGAAAGAUGUCCGACCGGAGGUCAAAGCAGAGAACGAUCCAGAGUCUGAGAGGAUUCAUAAUGAACAGACGGAGUUAGACACAGGAAUGCAACAAUCUGAGCAGGAGGAUUCAGAAGAAAGAGGGGAUGAACCAGAAAUGGCAAACAUACCUUCAGCGUCAUCUCAGUCUUCAGGAGAGAGCACAGAAAAAGAUGACAAGAUGCAGCAAAGUGAGCGUGGGACACCUCCAAGAUUAGAAAGGGUAGAAAAGCAAGAGACCUCAAAAGCUGGUCAGGAUUUAAGCACUGAAAAGCCAUUCGAUGAUGAAGAUGACCAAAUCCAGUCACAGAAGGCGGCUAAAGGGGCACCAAAACCACAUAUAACCUCCCCAGUCAUCAUUAUACCUCAAGCACAAGUAGAGGAAGAAGCCGAUGAAGAGGACGAUAUUGAGAUUGCUGAAGAGCCUCAAGAGGUAAUGGAGGACGCUGAAGUGCCUGAGAGUCUAAUCAAGGUGAGGCUGACGGUAGGAGAUCAGAUGGUGGAAGACGAUCCCAAGUCUGGCGCAGAAGAUUGGAGUAUGCAAAACAGUGGUGAUGGUGAACCUGCGACAGACAGCUCGCACUUGUCUCCAUGCUCUGACCAUGAUCUAGCACUGCGACUGGAUGAAGGUGGCAGAGAUGACUGGAUAGGGGAGGAUAAAGAAGAAGACACACGUGUACGUAUGGACGAAGGGACAAAAGAAGAGGGCGAGGUGGUAAAGACGGACCAAACCGAGGAGGAGCAAGGGAAGGAAGUUGGUUCUGAUGGGGUAGGCGAAGAGAAAGAGGUGAAAACAACAGAGGAUGAUGGGGAGGAGAGGAUGGGGGAAGAGGAGAAAGACAUCGAGGUUGGUCAGGAGGUGGAAGAGACCUCCGCCGUGUCCAUUCCGGCAGCUAACGAUGAAACCGCCGUGGACGUCUCCCUCCUAGAUACAGACAGUGGCUGGAUGGACACACAAGAUGAUGACAAAAGUAUCAUGACUGAGCAAAUCGAAGCCCUUCCUCGGGUCCAGAGUCCUACCACUACACCUGUGGUGGACAGACCCGCUAAACGGGCCCCUGGCAGAGGAAGGGGCCCCCCGGGCACCACUGAGAGUAAAGUGACCCGCAAAGUACCCAGCCACCAUCCACCAAGAGAGGAGAUGAAGAAGAAAAAAGUAGCCGUGAGGAGGGCUGACAAGGUAAAGGUGUCAGCCCUCCAAAGUCGCUCUCCGUCUCGAAAGGGCGUAGCCAAAGCGGCAGCCAGACACCCUAGGCCCGCUCUUCUUCACGGCUCUGCUAGACGCAAGGUCACAGGUAUGGAAAGCCAUCAACCCCUCAGUGUGGCCCACCAGUCCAGGGAGAGGACCACCGAGAGAGCGUACCGCAGCCCAGAGAAGAGGUCGUCUCUGCCCAGGCCGGCCAAAUCUCUGACACGCCACAUCCCUGCUGCCGAACAAGACGACAACAACCCCUCCAGGCCAACCUCGUUCCAGUCCAGAGCGGACAACAGGUCUGGAAGAGCCCCCGGUAUCACAGGCCCAGAGUCUGCACGUUCCCGGUCAGUCCGCAGCGGCGCCUCCACCCCCGGCUCCACCGCCGUCACGCCCGGCACGCCCCCCACCUACUCCUGCCGCACGCCCGGCUCUCGCACGCCCGGCAGCCACACGCCAAAGUCCUUCAGCGUCCUCCAGGAGAAGAAGGUGGCGGUGAUCCGGACCCCGCCCAAGUCGCCGUCCUCCGCCCAGCGGCAGCUGAAGGUGCUCAAUCAGCCCCUGCCCGACCUGAAGAAUGUAAAGUCCAAGAUCGGCUCCACCUCCAACCUCAAGCACAUGCCGAAAGGCGGACAGGUCAUGAUUCCAAGUGUUAAGCUGGACUUUAGCCACGUUCAGGCUAAAUGUGGCUCCCUGGACAAAAUCCAGCACGCAGCGGGCGGCGGAAACAUCCAAAUCCAGACCAAGAAGGUCGACAUGAGCCACAUCACCUCCAAAUGUAACUCCAUGUCCAACAUCCGCCACAGACCAGGUGGAGGCCAUGUGCGCAUUGAGAACGUGAAGCUGGACUUUAAAGACAAGGCCGCCUCCAAGGUCGGCUCUCUGGGCAACACCAGCCACACUCCUGGAGGGGGGAAUAUUAUGAUCGAGAGCCACAAGCUGUCCUUCCGGGAAACCGCCAAAGCUCGGGUGGACCACGGCGCAGAAAUCGUCAUCACGCACUCCCCCGGGGUCGAGACGGGGGGCACUUCCCCCCGCAUGUCCUCCUCCGACAGCAUCAACCUGGAUUCGCACCAGCUCUCCACGCUGGCCCAGGACGUCACCGCUGCCCUGGCCAAGCAGGGCUUAUGAGCGGGCUGCCAAUCACUCCUCUACCCAUCAACCUCAUUCACUCACAAGCAUCCAAUGUUCUCCCAUGGUCCUUCACUGCAACAUGACCCCCCCCACACACACACUUGACCCCACAGGUUCUACAGCUGUAGUUGAUUGACUGUCUCGUCCACCUGCGACCCGUCCGGCCCUUCCAGUGGGACUUUUCCAAACUCAAAGGAUUAUUUUCGCGCCCAGUCACUCUUUAUUUGUUGUUCAUAAAUUUUCGUUCACUCAAAGAUGGACUUUUUAUUAUUUUUUGUUCUCGAUGAAAGUGAAGGUUUGAGUGGACGCCUUCGUCUCCGAGGUCAUUGAAGGUUUUUAGCGUAAAAAGCAUCACAUUCAAUGUUCAUUCAGAUGUUCAUUCAGAAUUAAUAAGGUACUACAUACUAGACGCUAUAGUCUUAAAGAUACAACUGUGUGAAAGACAUAACUUCCAGAAACAUGGCUCGUAACUGUACCUGCAGAAGAACGGCUGAAGACGCGAUUUAGGUUUUUUUUUUAGUUUGUUCGUUGGUCGCUUUUUUUAAUCUCAUGAUUUCCUGACACGUGCUGAAUUCUUCUUUUUUAUAUAUGUCACUGUAGUGGAAGUUGUUCCAGUUUUGUAUGUUCCCUGCGGCUGCACUGGCUUAUUAGCACUUAAAAUGUGAAUAACCACUGCGGUUAUGUGGAGUCGAGCGCUAAAAGGCUGAGCUUUCCAAUAGAUGUUCAAUUUUCAUUCUUUUUUUUUUGUGCAAAACCGACGGGCUGUUCUUUUCCGUUUGAUUUUACAUGAGCUCUGUGAUUUUUAUUAGGCUACAACAAUGCUGUUAUGCUGGCAUGGCAAACAAUAUAUAUAUGAUGAAUAAAUUAGAUCUAUGUGGGGCGAGUUAAACCUUAUCAGUGUGAGUGUAAACGGGGCCGGGAUGCAUUCUAGUGUCCACGCUUCAAAGAAGAGGCCAUGUUUGUUCCAAAAGUAGAAUUUAAAAAAAGAAAAGAAAACAAAACAAAUGAAAACAUUCCAUUAAAAAGAGCAGCUACCCCCUUUAGUGCAAAUUUAACCAGUAACUUUGCAGGAAAUGAACAAUCGAAACAAAGGAGAAAUGAAGACUUGCAGCUGUUAGAAUUCAUUGUUAAAAAAAAAAAGGAUUAAAAAAAAAAAAAAACCUGUUCUAGCAUAUUCUCUGCUCACCAUUGUGAAACUCCUCUGCCCCCCUGUUCCUCUUCCCCCCGGUGUCGGUUACCCCUCCAGUGUUUUUCUGUGCUUCCUAUACCCCCCCCAGCCCCUCUUUGCCUGUGUAAGUGUAUUUAAAAGACCAUGUAGAUGUGUGCACUCUUUCUGAUGUUUG